AUGCCUUCGGGCCCACCUCACUUUGGUUUGUGGCAAAUCAAAUGGACUUCCCGAUGUAAGCGUUCAACUUCUUGGCCCUCUCACGUGGCACUGACCCCGUUUUCCAGAGCAGCGUUCUUUAUUCAACUUCGCGGUGCAGCCGUGGAUGACGAUGUCACCAUGCCUGUCACCAGUCACCAUUCCCAAGCAAGUCAUAAACGGUUCAACUCACAAUCUCACUGCCAAUCGGGCAGGGUCGGGAUCGGGAGCGCUCCUCGGUAUACUCAACCCACCGAGCAUUAUCCUACGGAUAACUUUUACCUGGACAACGAAGACAAGGAGAUGCGACACGAUUAUCCGUCUCCCGAUUCCGAAAAUUCUGUUCAGCUUCAAGAACUAAGAAGGAUGAAAACAGGAAGG